AGUUCGAACUUUUAAGUCUGUAGUUUUUCGUUUCUGGUAAACAACUCGUUACAAAAUGACUGAUCAAGCCAAAGCUAAGAAAAAGGCUGCUCCUAAAAAGCCAGCAUCUCAUCCAACUUACAUUGAGAUGAUCACUGCUGCCGUCGGUGCUUUGAAAGAAAGAAAUGGUUCUUCUCGUCAGGCAAUCGCUAAGUACAUUCAAGCCAACUACAAGGUUGAUCCUGGUAACAUGAACACCCACCUUAAGAUGGCUUUGAAACGCGGUGUCGAAAGUGGGAAACUAGCCCAGCCUAAAGGCACAGGAGCUAGCGGAUCAUUCAAAUUAAACCAGGCUGCAGCUAAGGCAGAUGCAGCUGCAAAGGCCAAAAAAGAAAAGGCUAAGAAGAAGGCAGCAGCAGAUAAAGAAAAGACAGCUGCAAAGAAAGCGACAAAGAAAGCUAAGAAACCAGCUGCCAAGAAGGCUAAGAAGCCAGCAAAGAAGGCUUCCAAGUCACCAAAGAAGGCAAAAAAAUCAGAAAAGAAGGCGGUCAAGACAAAGAAGACAAAGUCUCCUAAAAAGGCCAAGGCAAAGAAGCCAAAAGCCAAGAAAUCUACCAAGUCUCCAAAGAAAUCUAAGAAGUAGACGGUGUAUUUCUCAAACCAAACGGCUCUUUUCAGAGCCACCAUUUGAACAAAAGAGAUCAAUAGCUUUUUAUGUUAAAUUAAAUAUCGUGAUACACAGUCAAUUUCACAUCUAGUGUACUAUUUUUGGUUUACAUUUCCCUAAUAGCAUUUAUUUGGUUUUUCUACUACACACACACACACACGUGUUUUCCUUCACAAAUCUGCAACUCCAUCACGUCCGCCUCUUGUCUGCAUCUAAUUUUAACAUUUGUGAAUGUGUGACAUGUCAAAUCAAGUUUAUUUGAUGUACAAUUUUUAACAGUGGCACACAUCGGUAUAAAAGUUGUGUGUCCUUAAGGAACAAAACAUUUACAGAACCACGUUCAAGAGCCACGAAACUCAUGCCUACCUAAAUGAAACUUCUAGACCUCAUCAAAAAUAUUGUGAAGCUCAUUCCUUUGUGGAAAAAGCUGGUAUUUUUAAGUGUUAAUUUUCAUUUAGUAUUUAAAUCGUUUGAGAUAAAAAAGAUCCAUAAUAUAUUUAGAUCAUGGUUAUUAUAAAGACUGCAUAUUAAUUACAAACACACAAAAAAUAACCAUACCUUCAUAGCCAUUAAUGCAUAAGGGAGCCAUUGUUCUUAUCAAGAAAGUUAAUUCUCAAAUAAA